UGACAGUCUUGGCUGAAGCCACGGAUGGAAAAGAACCUCUUUCAAGAUUUAACCUCCAAUAAUGUCCUUAGAAAAUUGCCAGCCGUGGACAAUUCUUCCGACGAGCACGAUCCGGAAACAUCACUUUCAGGCAAUGCAACUGUGGCCUUCACUGAGUUCCAUUUGGUAGCAUAAGUACUCAUUUGAGGAGAAAUCGAAAGCAAGGCAAUGAAAAUGGCUUCAUUUCUUCCCAUUGUCCUGCAAUUUUUCUGUUGCAUCUCUGCUAUAGAAGCCAUUCCCAUCUUUUUGCCGCCUCCGUCUUUACUUCAAUCAAAACCAUCCCUAAAAUCGAACGUCUCAUACAAGACCCACUUCUUCCCUCAAGUCCUAGACCACUUCACUUUUGUUCCGCAGAGCUACAAGCUCUUCCAACAGAAGUACCUUACCAACUCAGAGUAUUGGGGUGGACCGUCCACCAAAGCUCCGAUCUUUGUCUAUGCUGGCAAUGAAGGCAAGAUCGAAUGGUUUGCAGAGAACACUGGCUUCAUGUUCGACAUCGCCCCCAAAUUUCGAGCUCUGCUGGUCUUCAUUGAACAUAGGUUCUAUGGCGAAUCAUUGCCUUUUGGAAAGGACUCCAGCAACUCGUCAGCGACGCUUGGGUAUCUCAGCUCCCAACAGGCACUCGCUGACUAUGCAACCCUCAUACUUAGCCUGAAGAAAAAUCUUUCAGCAGAGGAUUGCCCUGUAGUGGUUUUUGGUGGGUCUUAUGGUGGAAUGUUGGCCGCCUGGUUCAGAUUGAAGUACCCACAUAUAGUUCUAGGGGCGCUUUCUUCUUCAGCACCCAUCCUUCAGUUCGACGACUUGACGCCAUUGACAAGCUUCUACGAUACAGUUUCUAAAGCUUACAAGGAUUCAAGUAAUAAUUGCUUUGACGUGAUAAAGAAGAGCUGGGAUGAAUUGAUAUUACUGGGUUCUGAGGAGGAGGGCCUGUUGAAGAUAUGCAGGAACUUUAGAGCCUGCAAGACCGCGAGUUCAGUCUAUUCGGUGAGAAAUUGGCUGUGGGAAGCUUUUAUAUAUACAACAAUGGUGAACUACCCAAUGAAGGCCAAUUUCUUAAAGCCAUUGCCGGCCAAUCCUGUAAAAGAGAUGUGCAGGAUAAUUGAUUCAUACCCCCCUGAAGCGGAUACACUCACUAAAGUGUUUGCUGCUGCAAGUCUAUAUUUUAACUAUUCAGGAACCGAGAAAUGCUUUGAAUUUGAGAAGAGGAGAGACCCACAUGGCUUAAGUGGUUGGAAUUGGCAGGCAUGCACGGAGAUGGUCAUGCCCAUGAGUUGUUCUGAACAGAGCAUGUUUCCGCCGGACAAUUACAACUACACAGAGAAAGCAGAGGGUUGCAUGCUGGAAUUCGGUGUACAACCAAGGCGGCAUUGGAUCACCACCGAGUUCGGGGGCCAUAGGAUCGGAAUGGUCUUGAGAAGAUUUGGAAGCAACAUAAUAUUCUCAAACGGCAUGUUGGACCCUUGGAGCGGGGGAGGUGUACUCAAGAACAUAUCUGACCGCAUUGUAGCCCUUGUCACUGAGAAAGGAGCUCAUCACUUGGAUCUCCGGUUUGCGACGAAAGAAGAUCCAGACUGGCUUAUUGAGCAAAGGAGACAGGAAGUAGAGAUAAUACAGAGCUGGUUAGAUCAAUACUACUUGGACCUUCAAAGAUGAAAUUCAGCCUGAGGCAAAGCUUCAAUUCGGUUUUCAACUCAUGAAACACCAUUUCGAAUGCCCACUUCUUUUCAGUGAUUGCAUGAAUUAAUGAAUUUCAGAUUCAAAUAGAGCGAACAAACCCAUCUAUUUAAUGGAACUCAAACAUCUGUUGAAAAAUUUAAACUAAUAUCAGAACUAAACCUGAUCAAUGAUCA